AUGGCCUCCCCCAACCCCGCCGCGGCCGACGCGGCGGGGCUGCAGAAGAAGAUGGAGGCCGCGGCGGGGGGAAGCGAGGGGCCGCCGCCCGCAUACGGCGCGGCGGUCGCGGAGCAGGCCCCGCCCAGGAGGCUCGCGCCGGCGCGGAAGGAGCGCGUCUGCACCGCCAAGGACCGCAUCAGCCGCAUGACGCCCUGCGCCGCCGGGAAGCGCAGCUCCAUCUACCGCGGGGUCACCCGGCAUAGAUGGACAGGGCGAUAUGAGGCUCACCUUUGGGACAAAAGCACAUGGAAUCAGAAUCAGAACAAAAAAGGGAAACAAGUAUAUUUGGGCGCAUAUGAUGAUGAAGAGGCUGCGGCAAGAGCCUAUGAUCUUGCUGCAUUGAAAUACUGGGGAGCUGGAACACAGAUAAAUUUUCCUGUCUCCGAUUAUACAAGAGAUGUUGAAGAGAUGCAGAUGAUCUCCAAGGAGGACUAUCUUGUAUCUCUUCGAAGAAAGAGCAGUGCCUUCUCUAGGGGAUUACCAAAAUAUCGUGGGCUUCCCAGGCAGCUCCAUAAUUCCAGAUGGGAUGCUUCUUUGGGACAACUACUUGGCAAUGACUACAUGAACCUCAGUUGUGGAAAGGGCAUUGCACUGGAUGGAAAAUUUGCAGGAAGCUUCGGGUUAGAGAGGAAAAUUGAUCUAACAAAUUACAUUAGGUGGUGGGUACCCAAAAAGACACGGCAAUCAGAUACAUCAAAAGCAGAAGAGGUUGCUGAUGAAAUCCGUGCUAUAGAAGGUUCAGUGCAACUGACUGAGGCCUAUAAGCUGCCUACUCUUGGCCUCGGUUCCCAUUCAAACCCCUCUUCAGCGGGGCUAUCUGCGUGCAGUAUCUUAUCUCAGUCUGGUGCCUUCAAAAGCUUCUUGGAGAAGUCUACAAAAUUAUCUGAAGAAUGUACAUUUAGCAAAGAAAUAGAUGAAGGAAAGGUUGUUGUGUCAGUACCUACUACUGGACAUCAUACAUCUCCAGUUGACAUUAACAUGAAUGGGUUGCUAGUACAAAGAGCUCCGUACACAUUGGCCCCUGUUAUGCCUACACCAAUGAAAAGUACCUGGAGCCCUGCCGAUCCUUCCGCGGACCAUCUAUUUUGGAGCAACUUCAUCUUGCCAUCGAGUCAACCUGUCACAAUGGCGACAAUAACGACAACAACGUUUGCAAAGAAUGAGGUGAGUUCAAGUGAUCCAUUCAAGAGCCAGGAGUAUGAACAUACCAAAUAG